UUUUUCAUAGAACGCCCAAAAAACCCAAACAAGAACAAAAAAGAAUUUGCGCGCGAUCCAGUCAUAAAGAUUGUUUGUGUUUCGCGAUUUGCGAGUUACUUCCCCGCUUUAGAGGUGUUUGAUGACUUGUCCGUUUUAGGCUCCAUGAAGUUAUCCAGCUCCGCAUCCUCUUAGUGCAGUGUGGCUCGAUUUCCAUCAUGUUUCGGCGAUUGCUAGAUGCAGCGUGCUUCUUCCCUUGUCGCAGUCAAGGAUGAGUUCUCAUACACCACCUUCUCCCAAAACACCGCCCCGAAAGAAUCUAUCAUGGAGGCAUCAUGGUUCUCCUUCCCACAUCGACAGUCCAGGAUGCUGCUCCACUCCAAGUACAUCCAAGAAGCUAAAUGGUUUAUCUCCUGGUCGGAAAAUCCUGUGGGAGAAAAGGUCACCCUCCAAACACACCAAACUUCUGGGGUCACCCAUAACCAAGCAUCCCUGUUCUCCACAAGAUUCGAAGUCUUUUAAAAGCUUUCAGUCAACGUCAAAAGAUACUGAUGCCUCAGAUUUGUCUUGUAGUUUGUCAAAACAUGUAAAUUCAACAGACCCCUCAUGGAGUAAAAGUUUCUCCAGUGCUGAAAGCAAUGGCACUGUGACUGUUGAAUUGGAUUUCCCUCAUGGUGGCUGGGAUGAGGACAGCUCCAACGAAGACUCGCCUGGCAGUUUGGAAAUAGUUGAAUCUGAUGCAGAAAGCCACGCUUCCCCUAAUCAGAGGGGCAGAAAAAGGAAGCAGUCUGAGGUGUCUGAAGAAGACAAUGCUAUUUUGAGUGGGAUGGGGGAAGAAAUUGAAAGACAGCUUGAAGCUAAGGCCGAGAGAAAUCGUUUAACAGUACCCAAUGUUAAAAACAUUCUAAGGAGUGUCAUUACAAAUCCAUAUGUUCAAGCUAUGGUCAGGAGAAGCAUCAAGUCUGGUGACGUUGCUGUAUCCGGGGACUCUGAUGACUUGUCAUUUGAACCAAGAUUAACCAGAGCCAAGGCAAGACUUCUCUGUGACAGCAAUGAAUCCAGUUAUUCAGAAGUGCAGUGGGUUGGUACUCCACACAAAACCCCCUCUGGAUCAGAAUGUCAGGCUCUCAUCAAUGAAGAAAUGAAUGAUGACUCGGAAGAUGAUGAAGAGUACCACCCUGGUGAGGAUGAGCCAAGUGACAAUGAUUGCUCUGAACGUGAUGGAUCGGAAAGGGACAUUUCCUUAGAUCAGCAAUCUCCCGCAAACUUUGAUUUGGACACUGAUUCCUGCCCAGCUACGCCAAAUCCGUCUCCCAAACCUCUAAUUACGGAUUCUGCCACCCAAACAAACUGGUCAGAGGACGGAGUCUUCAAAGUGCCCAUGGCACCUUCUGAAUUGCAGCUAGAUCAAAAUACUGAAGAAAAUAUUGCUUUACGAACUCGUUCAAAACUGCCUCUCAAUGAUACUCCUUUAGAGGAAAUAGAACAAGCAUUUAUUCCUCCAGACAUAACUCCUGACCUAUAUGACACUACUUGUGAUAAUGCAGAUUGGCAAGAAUUUUUGAAGGAAUUUAUGCAGCCCAUGAGAUCAGAAGUUCAAAACCCCGAUGAUGAUGAGGAAGACCCAGAAUACAAUGUCCUUGCCGAGGAAGAGAUAAUUGACAAGGAGGAGCUGCGUAGGGACAGAGCUGUCAAAGUUUCUAAGAGAGAAUUGAAUGAACUAAUGAGAGAACUUCUCGAGUUUACUGAAAACUUUUCCAGUGAGGAUGAGGAUAAGGAUAAAGAUGGGGAUAAGAAGCAGACUGCCAAACCAGCCAGCCCUCGUGCACUGUCUCCUCGAUUGUCUACCAGCCCGAAUGGUAGCAAUGAAGAUAUGUCCAUCCUACUGGAUGCCUAUAUGUCACUGGGCACUCUGGCACCGCUAAAGACCACACCCCCUCCUCCAAGAAGUCCCAGCAAUACAUCUCUUCACACACCUGUACCACCCAUGAGCCCACCUUGUUCAAGAACACCAAAUACUGGGAAGAAGGGUCACCACAAUGACUUGAGUUUUAAUGUGGACUCUACCUCACUAUCGUCAAGUGGUUAUCAUUCUGGAGGGAAAGGAAAAUCAGUUUAUCAGUCUCCUGGAAAGAAGAAAAAUUUUCCUCAAACUCCAGGUAAACCAGACAACUACCCACACUCUAGUGGAAGCCGAAGUGGGAAGAAGGAAAGAACAGGCUUCACUCCUGGAAAACCGGACAGCUUUACCCCAAAGAAGUCGCAUGUAUUGGCAACUCCGGGGAAAUUGGACAAUCACCCAAGUUACUCUAAUAAAAGCUCAGGAGAAUUGAAGGGUAACCUGUCACAUAGCAGAGGAAAAUUGGACUCUUAUCUAAAUGCCAUUAAUGACAACCAUGGCAAUUCAUCAGAGACCUUCUUUUACAAUGAUGACCCAAAUGUUGGAAUGGUGGGAAAUAAUGUGGCAGUACCAGUCACUAGCAAUCAGUAUGGUGGGAACACAGAUGUGCUCUUCUCUCCUGGAAAGAAUUACCUGGUUCUGAACUCAAGUACAGACUGGGAUAAACCUGGUGAAACAAUUGGCAAUUCAAGUCAUCUGUCUGCUGAGGAAAUUCAAAGCAGUGAUGACAACACUUGGAGCAAUUCUGUUGUUGGCAUUAAUACAUGUGAGACUCUGUCUGCUCAAGCAAAUGAGGAAGAGCAGAAGGAGCCUUCAUCUGUUGAAGAAGACGACCCAGAGUUAUCUGUUAGUUUGCCUGCUUCAAGCCCUCCCCAUUCUCCAGUACCUGGAGUAACUUCUUGGAAUGUUUACAAUGGAGAAGCUCAUUUAUCUGCUCAAGGAGAUGUAUUGGUCAACAACACUGUGGUCCUGAGUUUUGCCCAAAGGCACGUUUUGGAUCAGCAAAUGAGGCAAUAUGUACAACUGAUGACGCAACACUUCCUUCAAACUUAUGAACAUCCUGUGUACAAUGAUUAUUCCUCUAUUUGUAAGAAGCAAUUGGUUUCAUUGGAUACAAUGGCAGCAGAAAAAAGAAAAUCAGCUUUCAGAUCAGCAAAUCUUACACCAGCAUUGGAAUUGGUUGACAGGUGGGAAAAGAUGAUACAGUCAGAAGAAGGAACAGCAAUUACUGGCUUUGUUGAACAGGAAAUGGCUCGUGCUAAACGUGUGAAGAAUAGGAAAAACAGAUACUGUGAGAGGUUUAGUCCCCAACUAAUGAAAGAAAUAGUUGAUAGUCCUGCCUUCAUAUAUCCAGAGCUCCUCCCUCACAUGCCAUUCAGGACAGUUGAGAUGCAGAAAGUUAUGAUGGUGCUAUCUGAAGAGCACCUCUUGGCUAUUGGUCUAGAAGAAUUUACAGAGUUUAUCGCAGAGAACAAUCCAAGUAAGAAGGACAAAUGUCUUCGUUGGGCAAUGUCUCUUGUUACUGAGUAUCUUCUUAUUGGAAAAAACCCAAAAAAUCUUUAUGAUUACCUACGCAAAAUGAAAAGGCGUAACAGUCCAUUGUCGCAUUUUUUGGAAACGAAGUGUGCCCCUGAAACCCAGCAUUUCAUCAAGCCUUUCAAUGAGCAGCACAUGCUAUCAAUUAGGGAAAGACCCAACUGUGUACUUCCAUUAAUUUGGCGGGACUUCAUCCAUCCUGCUCUUGAUACCCUGAAAACAAGGAAGAACAAGUCAGGAGAUUAAAUUUAGCAUGUAUUUUUUUUCAAGAAAUGCUGUUAUGGACUGAACUUAGUCAAUUUGAAUUAUUAUUUUUUUCUCAUUUUUGAAGUUUACAUUGUACUUACAUAUAUGGGCAUCUAUUUGCGCAUGUUUUAAUACUCUAAUUAUAAUGAUUAAGCUAUAUUUCCUAUUAAACUAUUGGAACACCUGUGAUCAGUAGGAAUGUGGGUGGUUAAAUUUUGUGCUCUGUGACUUAUUUCUGUAGGAAGGAUUAAUGCCAAAUACUGCCAAGAAGAUGAUGUAACCUGACUGAAUGUAGGAUAUGCUGUAAUAUAAUAGUUGUAAUUUUUUAAAUUCCAUAUUGAAGCUCAGAGAAGACUACUCAAGGCUGUGAAAUAAUCCUCUCGAGGAUUUGCAUGUGUAGUAGAAUUUAUGUCAAAACAUCUAUUUUGAAUAUCUAUUUUCUUCACUUCUACUAUGACCCUAGAAUAAUGAGAUAGGUAUUUCAUUUUAUUGUAAUAAACUCCUACAUGAAAUGAA